CAGCGACGGCGGCGGCAGAGGCGGCGGCGGUGGCGGCGGUUGCGACUCGGAGCCGUUGAGACGCCUCUGCGGCAGCUGGUGGCGCAGGUGGCUUGCGUGGACUCGGGCACAGGCGACUGGCCUGUAACCGUAGCCUUAGAGCCCGAGGCCCCAGCAGGCGCGUUGGGACACCCCGAGGCAUCCUCGGCCCCCUCGCCCGCACCCCCCCUCGCCGCCCGCCGCGCCGCGCCGCCUCCCGGGGCCUCGGACCCCCGGCCUCGCCCCCGAAACAUGACUCGCGAUUUCAAACCCGGAGACCUCAUCUUCGCCAAGAUGAAAGGGUAUCCUCACUGGCCCGCCCGAGUAGAUGAAGUUCCUGAUGGAGCUGUAAAACCACCCACAAAUAAACUACCAAUUUUCUUUUUUGGAACUCAUGAGACUGCUUUUUUAGGCCCAAAGGACAUAUUUCCUUACUCUGAAAAUAAAGAAAAGUAUGGCAAACCAAAUAAACGAAAAGGCUUUAAUGAAGGUUUAUGGGAGAUAGAUAAUAACCCAAAAGUGAAAUUUUCAAGUCAGCAGGCAUCUACUAAACAGUCAAACACAUCAUCUGAUGUUGAAAUUGAAGAAAAAGAAACUAGUGUUUCAAAGGAAGAUACUGACCAUGAAGAAAAAGCCAGCAAUGAGGAUGUAACUAAGGCAAUUGACAUAGCCACUCCGAAAGCUGCCAGAAGAGGGAGAAAGAGAAAGGCAGAAAAGCAGGUAGAAACAGAGGAGUCAGGAGUAGUGACAACAGCAGCAGCCUCCGUUAAUCUAAAAGUGAGCCCUAAAAGAGGACGACCUGCAGCUACAGAAGUCAAGAUUCCAAAACCAAGAGGCAGACCCAAAAUGGUAAAACAGCCCUGUCCUUCAGAGAGUGACAUUGUAACUGAGGAAGACAAAAGUAAGAAAAAGGGGCAAGAGGAAAAACAACCUAAAAAGCAGCUAAAAAAGGAUGAAGAGGGUCAGAAGGAAGAAGAUAAACCAAGAAAAGAGCCAGAUAAAAAAGAGGGGAAGAAAGAAGUUGACUCAAAAAGGAAAAAUUUAGCUAAAACUGGAGUUACAACCACUUCUGAUUCUGAAGAAGAAGGAGAUGAUCAAGAAGGUGAAAAGAAGCGAAAAGGUGGAAGAAACUUUCAGACUUCUCAUAGACGGAAUAUGCUAAAAGGCCAACAUGAGAAAGAAGCAGCAGAUAGAAAACGCAAGCAAGAGGAGCAAAUGGAAACUGAGCAGCAGAAUAAAGAUGAAGGAAAGAAGCCAGAAGUUAAGAAAGUGGAGAAGAAGCGAGAAACAUCAAUGGAUUCUCGACUUCAAAGGAUACAUGCUGAAAUAAAAAAUUCACUCAAAAUUGAUAAUCUUGAUGUGAGCAGAUGUAUUGAAGCUUUGGAUGAACUUGCUUCACUCCAGGUCACAAUGCAACAAGCUCAGAAACACACAGAAAUGAUUACAACACUCAAAAAAAUACGUCGAUUCAAAGUUAGUCAGAUUAUCAUGGAGAAGUCUACCAUGUUAUAUAAUAAGUUUAAGAACAUGUUUUUGGUUGGUGAAGGAGAUUCUGUGAUCACACAAGUACUGAAUAAAUCUCUUGCUGAACAAAGACAACACGAAGAAGCGAAUAAAACCAAAGAUCAAGGGAAAAAAGGGCCAAACAAAAAGCUAGAAAAAGAACAAACAGGUUCAAAGACUCUAAAUGGAGGAUCUGAUACUCAAGACAGUAAUCAGUCACAACAUAAUGGGGAUAACAAUGAAGAAAGCAAAGAUACCCAUGAGGCCAGCAAUAAGAAAAAGUCAUCCAGUGAAGAGAGAGAAACUGAAAUAUCUCUGAAGGAUUCUACACUAGAUAACUAGGUUGACAUGCCUGGAAUAUAAAGAAACAUUUGAGAUAUUUGUAAUGAUUUUCAUUUGAAAUAUUUAGACUGCUGAAAGUUUAAAAUUUUUAUAAACAUAGGUUUUGAUGUUUGAACUUGUUUUGAGGGAGAAAAAUCCCUUUAUCUUUGUUUAAAAAAAUAACAUUAUUGCUAAUUGUACUUGUGCAGUAUUAACAGCUACAUUAUAACAGUGAGUGUGGUGAAAACCCAUUUAAGAAAUGGUAAACAGCGUUUUCAGACAUUGGUUGUAGUAUAUUUUCAAUUAGUGUGUGUAUGUUAAUGUGUAAUUGAUAGGUUACAUUUUAAAAAUUACUUGUAUACACCUUCCCCUCUUUUCCCAGAUAUGUGGGUUUUGUGAAUAGUUUUUACAGAUCUUGGGUUUAUCAGACUGUCUUUUCACUGUGGGUUUUGUAGAAGUUAUGCAUUUUUAAUAGUAGAGAAAAUGUUACUUCUAUAUAAGUACUCACUCCCUCCUUUUAUCAAAAAUUUAAUUUUAAUCUGUCUACAUUGUGCUAAAUUAUCCUGCUGCUUUGUAAUAAUGUGUGGUUUGUAUGCCUCUUUGUAUAACAACUAGAUCACCAACUGACAUUGAACUGACAACUCUGAGGUACAAGACUUGUAACAUAUGGAAAUGAUUUGAGUUUUAUGGCAGGAAUUCAGUUAAGUUACAUGACUUGUGAAAAGGGAUGAGAAUAGAGAAAUCUGAUUUUUGGGUUCAACCUGACUAUGAUCAUAGGCACUAAUAGCUAAAAUUGAAACUAAAAGAUAAAAUUUUAUUUUUGAGAAAUGUCUUUAUUUCUGAAAUUUUAAGAAGUUGCUCAUUAAGGAAAUCACUAAGUCAUAUUUUUUUAAUUGGAAAAAGUCCAUAAUGCUUAUCACAGUAAGUGUAGGUAAAUACUAUAUAAGGAAACUUAUAACCUAUGACAAAAUUACAAAAUGUGGAAACAACUGCUUUGAGGCAAUAGACAAAGGAGUACUUUGAUAGUCUAUAUAUUCUUUAUAAGAAAGGAAUAAAUCAGGGUGAACACAAACACAAUUCAAAGGUAACAUUUCUGAACUUCGAAUAUUAGGUCAGUUGGUGGUUUUCAUAAGAGAUAACUUAUGUUUUGAAACUGAAUAUGAGGAAAUGGUUUAAUAUCUGUUUGCAUGUAAGACACAUUGUACACCUUGUCUUCAUCUACAGCUGACAUUUCAAUAAUUGUAUUUUUGCUUUUAAGAGGUCUUACCAUGAAAACCAGGAUCCACUGAAUUGAGGGACUGUUACUAUUAUAUAAAAAAUGUCAGUAUCUGUUUGGUCGAUACUAUAAUUUAAAUUUGGACAAAUUUAUUCUAGUUAAGCCAUAAGUAUCAACAUGUAAACUUGUUUUGAUUAAAGAUUUUUUUCUAUCAA